UUGACCGGGUUUGUGGUUUCCUUCUGCUCUCCCCUGCCUCUCUGCCUCCUGUCUCGUCCCACUUCCCCCCGCCUGCGCCUCUUCGCCUUGCUCUCAUCCGCCAUCCAGCCGCCAUUGUCGCUCGUUCUCGUUGUUCAUCGGUCAUCAGCGGCUCGCUCGUUGUCUGCUUACCCCGUCGUUGGAUUGUUUCGGCAUGGCUCCUCGCGCUGCUACUGUUGCGUUUGGUUAGGGGAUGCUGCAUCUGCUUGUGCGUGUUCUUCUUCAUUCUUUCCGAGAUGUCGGGCCAGAGGAUGAGCCUUCUCUCCCAGAUCAAUGACAGAGAGAUGUUCUGGAAUGCUAAGGUUCUGGUGUCCCGCAUGUGGCACUACCGAGGUGGGACCGAUGAAGGUCCCAUUAUCCAUACUGACAUUGUGGUGCUUGACAAAGAGGGAACCCACAUGUAUGGCCGGAUCCCUACUGAGCCAGCUAUCAGCCUGCAAGAUGUCUUGCAGGAAGGCAGUGUUUAUCUAAUGAAGAGAUUCAUGUGCAAACCAUCAAAGCCCACUUACAGGGCUGUUGACAGCCCAUUUAUGAUGCAGUUCACUCGCUUUACUACUGUUGAUCCUGUGGUGGAUGAUGAAGAAGAUUUCCCAUACUGCACUUACAGCCUUAUGUCCUUCUCGGAUAUCCCAAUACCAGGCCCGCACACUCCUCACUUUAUCGACGUGAUUGGCCGAAUUAUUGCUGUCACAGACAUUGUUGUUGUACACUCACAGCAUCAAGCUGGUCCUUCAGAUACCAGGACUGUGGUUCUCCAGGAUCAAAUCGGAAAUGAAAUCAGCCUUGUUCUCUGGGGUGCUCGAGCCCAUGAGUUCGAGGCAGAAGAGGUCCGUGCUGCAAGUGAAUCCACAGCUGUCAUUGCUAUCUUUGUAGGAACACUGCCAAAAGCAUACCGAGGUAUUAAAGGCCUGAGUGGUAGCUCUGCAUGCCGCUGGUACAUUGAUGAGGACCCGCCAGAGAUGAAUGCCUUUCGUGCUAGCCUUGCAGAAGGGCUUCCUGCCAUCAGUGCUCACAUCCCAGGAGAACAAGCGAUUGUUCCAGCACCUGUUCACGAACCUCCUGUUGAACUGACUGUUCAGGAGUUGCUUGCCCUUGACCCAUUUGACAACUUGAAGAAACAGUUUAUCGUCAAGGUUACUAUCACAGGCUUGGGCUCUGACAACCGCUGGUGGUUCCUCUCGUGCCGGAAAUGCCAUAAAACAGCCUACACCUACGGAAGAUACUACGUGUGCACUUUCGGAAGCGAUGGCGCAAAUGAAGCAGAAUUUAUGUUCUUUGAUAGGGCUGCAAAACAAGUUGUUGGCAAGCCACUCAUGACUUUGAUUCACCGCAAGUACCCAGGUUUUACAAGUGCGCUUGAUCUUGCUCAGAUAGGAGGUUCUGAUGUAGGUUUGCCUGUUGAAAUUUCCCGCCUUGUUACCCAGAAGUAUAGGCUGGUCGUUUCUAUCUCCAACAAGAGUUUUCAGCCUGCAAGCACCCAGCUGUCCUUCCAAGUUGGUAGAAUUAAUGAAACCUUUAAGCCUGACCUUGUACCCUUUGCAUCUGCUGGUGCAUCAUCUUCCUCUGGAGCAUCAUCUUCUGCUGAGGGCUCAGACAUGACAGUGCCCAUUCCCACCUCUUUCUCUACAGGAUCGUCUACACUCGUUGUGCUACCUCUCGAUGAGAUAUAUAUGCUGCUGGUUUCCUCUCUCAAGUUCUUUUUCACCCAUUUAAUGCCUGUGUUGUUUCUUUGCCAGAUGAACACUCCUAUAUCUGCAUUCAAAGGAAAAGGACAGGCUAUUGUGCCUAAAACACCCAGCCGGUCCCCAUGCCCAAAAAGUGCUCGCCGCAAGCUUCUUAUUGCCCGCCCUAAGUCUAAGGGCACUGAACUACCUGCCUCUGUUAGCAACGUUACUGUCCAGGCUGGAAAGGUUGUCGCAGUUACCCAAACUGAAGAGGUUGCCGCUGCUGGAAAUGUUGUUCACCCUACACCCAUGCCAACUGUUGGACAUGAGACUGAAACCACAACUGCUGAGGAUCCAAAGAUCAUCGUUCCUGACCCCUCUAAGGCCAAGAGGACAAACAACCCUAGCAAGGGUGCUGGCGUUUCAAAGAAACCGAAGCAGUAGUUCUUUCAUGGAGUGGUCGUUCCAUGUAGUAAUCUAAAUAUGUACAUACGGGUUUCUUCUAUGUUCUGCUUGCUUAUCAAGUAAAGUCUACGAUGGACGGAUGUCGUGCUGAACAGGCCUUCUCAACUGUACUGCAUCACAACAGCGGUUUGGCCAUCGGGCCGGGUUUGAAGAUCGUCGACUCAGUGCGCUUUUGGGCAUGCACUGGAUUUACUUUUGUGCGGCUUUAUAAGACAGGGCUUUGACACCUGCAGAAUUGUGUCAAACCGCUGUCAUGACAACUCCUUUAUUUACGUCCUCGAACAAAGCAUCAUGUGUUGUAAAUAUCGCCGUUAGCUCUUCCUUUCUGAACUUCUUGUGACAACUAUCCACUGUAAAUACCGCUGGAUCAUGCUGCUUGCUCUAAGUCCUCUUGUUGUUCUUA